UAUAUUUCAAAAUCUAAGGUUGGUAAUAUACAUGUAAUAUAACUUAUAAGAUAGUUUAUUUUCGAAUUCAGUCAUUUAUUUUGAGCAGUAAAGGAAUUUAAUCAAGGUUAUCCGAACGUUCAUCUAUAUCACAAAAGGAAUCAAUAAAUGGCGACACCGUCUGCCUCUGUAACAUGGCGUCUGGAAGGGAAUAAACAUUAUUUUAGCGCAAAUGAUCAAGUUGCCCCAGUUGUACGAAAAGGGAGGUUCCAGAAAGCCUUAACAUGUUAUGAAAACGCACAUUCAAGUGGAACUUGUGAUGAAGAAAUUUCGUCUGCUGCUAAAAACGCGGGAACUACUACUUGGAAGCUGGCAAAACUCGCUGUUGAUACAGGAGAAAAAUGGCCUGUUAUUAAGCUCUAUUUCAAACAGUCGUUAAAGUAUCUUAAUCACGCAUACAGGACCGGAAGCAGUUGCGGAAAGCCGACAGAAUGGUUGGACAAUAUCAUUGCUCAAUGCAGGAGUUGCUGGGAGGAAAUUGGAAAAGCAACAGAAUCUUUAAAAGCGCUUGAUGUGGAAGACCGAAUUAUAACGAUACGGGAAUGUAUAGACUUUAUCCCGGUCAUAGAUAUGAAAGCUGAAUGUUUCUUAGCAAUUGCCGAGUUUCAUUUUCACCGUGGAGUGAAAGCUGUAGAAGUCGGAGAUUAUAAGAAAUGUUUAUGUAACAUGCACGAUUGUUAUUUUCCUCUGGCUGAAGCGUUGAAAUAUGCUCGUGGGGACGAGGUGAUAGUGAAGGAACACUCAGUACUGGAGAGUGACGUCAGAGUUAACACGGCAUUAGCUGAAUCUAUGCAGUCUAGACAGACAGGUGAUAUUUUACUUGAUAAAGUGCUGAAAGAGGAAGAGACGCUCAAUAUGGACAUGAUAUGGGAAGUGAUGGACUGGUACAAGAACGCUAUUUUGAGGGCACGUGACGUGGACAUGAAACAAGAAGCCAUAGCUCUAUACAAAAUAGGCAUCGUUUAUGAUAAAGUUUUUAAACUGAAAUUCCGGGCGAAAACUUACCUGAAAAAAUCUCUUGAACUUGCCCAGUCAAUGACACCACGAAUUUUUACCUCUGAAGGUAAGUUAGGAAAACCUGGACUUAAAAUGACUUAUCUUUUGUCCCAGAAAAAGAACAAAAAGGGAAAGACGAGGAAAAAACUGAAACCGGAAAUAGAUGAAAUUGACAAACACGACGGUGAUACCGUUCUAGAAUUUCUUAGAUUUGUUUACAAGAAAUACCCACGAAAGAAUGCAAGUCAUAAAUUAGAUAUAUCCGAUGAAACAAAGGCGCUAGAGUUUGAUCAGAAGUACAAAUUACUUCAGAAAGCGGUGAUCCACUUUCACCCAGAUAGGGUGAUAGCUGAUGAAGAGGGUAUGGAAGCAAAACUGCUGAGUGAAGAAAUUACAAAACGCCUUACAAAAAGGUAUGAGAACAUAAAAUCCCAGAAAUAACCACAAGGCCAUGGCGAGCAAAUUGAGAAGAAAAAAAAAAACAUGUAUGCUUAAGUAUUUGAAAGCUUCUGCUUUAAGGAAAAAUAUCGUAUUCCUUCAAAGUCCAAAUAGUUUUAAGGAAAUCUUGGCGGACUCUUUACUUUCGUUAGUUUAUUUGAUUUACACCAAAUUUAAUCUAACCAGCGACAAAACUGUCAGAUUAAAUGAACUUAAUCCAUUGUAAAAUCAUUAAGUCAGCAGAUUCUCUAAUUUGUUUUUAUCCUUUUAACUUUGUUUAUGUGAUAGUGUUGUUUUUUUUUAUUAUUUAAUUAUUUUUAUUAACGUUAAAUAUUAUCUUAUUUGAUAAUUUGUUACUUCUGUUAAUUUUCUUUUAAGUUUUUUUUAAAUAUCAAGAACGUUAAUUCUUUAGAAGACAUAGACCUUUGAGUAUUUGUUUAUACGUGAUUUCAUGUUUAUUAUUGCUGUUAUAUAAUCGCACGGAUUUAUAUUAUAUUUAAUAUAAAUCCGUGAUAAUCGUUAAAACGUUACGAAUGUUUUAUCAAAUAGAUCUACAUUCUAAUUUGUUAUUGUUUUAUACAUUGAUUUUUAAAAUGUUUAAUGAAUAUAUACAGAUGUAUAUCAUGUAUAUUUAUUGUUUUAUUGGAAGA